UGUCGGACUCGCAAGACAGUUUUGAGAUUGCCAUUCCACCACGCGGCUGCAUGGUCACGGUCUCGUGCGCUCCCAACCUCGUGCUCUGCACGUCCUCGGACGGCGGCGUCUCGGACUGCUAUAACCCCAACCACUUUGGCUGCUGCGCCGGGCGCCUCUACUCGAUUCGCCUCGGCGGCCCGCGCCAGUACUGCUGCGUCGACCCGAAAACGUACGUCCAGACCGUCGCCGACGCUUGCCCAACGACUGCACCCGUGGCGACGAAUGUGUCGACCGCAGCGACUGAUGGCAGCCCGACCAUCUCGCCCAACGAGACCAGCGCGCCGCCAAAGGGCGCGCUUACGGGCAACGUGAGCUUUACGAUCUCCAAGCAAGCGAUUGCAGGUAUCGCUGUCGGCAGCGUCGUCGUCGUUGCUAUCAUUCUCUAUCUCUUGUGCCGGAAGCGGCGGAAGCAGCCCCGCGCCUCGUCUGGGUCGGUGGACCUCGCUCGCCCCAUCAAUUCGACCACCGCCCACACGUCCAACGGCACCGACCUCGGGUUGGAUCUCACAGCGCUCACGCGCUGGCGCAUCGAGCAGCAAGAGCUCAUUGGCAGCCGAACACUUGCCUCGGGGGCCUAUGGCGAAGUGAGCCUCGGGUCGUUCCGCGGCACGACGGUCGCCAUCAAGUCGUCGCUGCGCAAGAAGGCGACGGUCGCCGACCUCCAGUGCUUCAUCGACGAGAUCAAGCUCACCGCACGCUUCGAGUCGCCAUACAUCAUCAAGCUCAUUGGCGUUGCGUGGUCCAACCCAUCGGACCUCCAGUGCGUGCUCGAGUACAUGGACAUGGGCGACUUGCGCAACCACCUCUCGCAGACAACACCCGAGACGUAUCCGUGGACGGAGAAGGUCCAGUGCAUCCACAGCAUCGUCGAAGGGCUCGUGUACUUGCACUCGCUCGACAUUAUCCAUCGGGACAUGAAGUCCAAGAACGUGCUUUUGGACUCGAAGAAGGGCACGAAGCUCUCGGACUUUGGCGUCUCGCGCGAAGACACGCAGGAGACGAUGACGGUCGGCGUCGGCACGUACCGCUGGAUGGCGCCCGAGAUCCUCCGUGAAGGCCACUACACGGUGGCCGCCGACAUUUACUCGUUCGGGAUGAUCCUCACCGAGUUUGGGUCGCACAUGAUCCCGUACUCGGACAUGAAGAACCCCAAGACGGGCAAGGCGCUCGUCGACACAGCGCUGAUUGGCCUCGUGCUCAACGGCGAGAUCCGGCCAACGCUUUCGGGCGAUAUGCCCGAGUGGGUUCGCGCCAUGGCCAUGCAGUGCGCGGUGCCCGACCCGACCGAGCGCCCGACCGCGUACGAGCUCUCGACGAUCGUGCGCAAGCACACGGCCGUGGCCAUGUAAUGUGUCGUUGGCAUGCCUCUAAUGAACGUUCUUGCUAUUCUUUCGCGGUCG